AUGGAAGACAGUCUCACGCACCAGCAGACACGGUUCUUGAUGAGCGAGUUCGCCAAGCAACCGCACCCCGAUGCUGCCCACAGAGAGCGUCUGUCUAGGGAGAUUCCUGGUUUGAGCCCCCGCCAAGUCCAAGUCUGGUUCCAGAACCGCCGCGCCAAGAUUAAGCGUCUCACAGCUGACGACCGGGACCGCAUGAUCAAGAUGCGCGCUGUCCCUGACGACUUUGACAACGUCCAGGCACUUCACUCCCCCUACGGAGCCGUCCACGGCCUCAACACCCCUCUGUCAUCGCCCAUGAACUUUGGAACGCAGUCGUACGCCGACCACAUGAUCCGACCCCUGAUGGUCGACGUCCGAAGGGCGGAGGGUGGAGAUGACCACAUGUCGUCGGCCGGUCUGAGCCCCGGCUUUGGAAGCAUUGGCUUCACCCCGCCAGGAAACAUGAGCAGCCCCGACAUCUUGUCUCCCAUGACGCCCAACUCGACCGGCGACCACCGCUAUGGAUACGGCAGCCAUCUCUCACCCAUGGGCCCCGGCCCCCGGACUUCCAACCCCUUUGCGCGACAGGGUGCCCUCGAGAACUCCAUGUCCAUGCACCGUGGCCAGCCGAGCCGACCUCUCCAGCCCCUUCAGCUGAGGGAAACCAUGUCCCGAUCCCGAUCGGACAUCCAGUCUCCUCUCCGCUCCAGCAUGUCCUGGAAGGGCGAUGCCAUUGACUACAACACGUACCACCACGGCGCCGGUGGAAGCCCGCAGCUCAGCGGAAGACAACAAUCAGUCUACCAGCCCGAGCAUAUGAACGGCCCAUCGAGCAGUGGUCUCCCCUACGAGUCGGGCUCAUACUCCAACACCACCAGCUCGCCUCCGGGCAUGAACUACUCGAGCUUCCCUCAGGGUCCGCCAUCCCGCCUCCGUAGCCGUGCCUCGUCCGGCACUCUCGGCCUCGACCUUCGCAACCAGUACCGUUCUGUCGGCUCAGUGCCGCCUCCCAGCCACGGAUCCGCCCCGCGUAGCGCCUCGGCCCAGUUCGCCACCACUUCCGCCUACACCUCCAGCUUCCCCUCGGCCCCGCUCACGGCGCCUGUCGACUUCUCCCUGCCGCGCACCCCUGGAGCCCGACCCGGCGGCCAUGAGCUCUUCCAACACGAGGACCCCAUGCGCGACACUUUCGGCGGCGGCGGAGGACCCAUGUCCUCGCACCACGAGAGCCAGUCGGCCAGCAGCAGCGAGUACCAACAGCAGCAGCGCGCAGAUGACUACAGCCGCGACUUUGCCGCCCUCAAGAGGGAGAGAAGCUACUCGGGCGGAGCGCCGGUCGGACCCGCACCCGGAACCGCGGCAUACGGAAGCACGGCAUAA